AUGAACUCUAUAGGACUCGUUACGCAUUGGGGUGAGCUACGGAGACACCCAAAGUGGAGAACCCCUUCAACAAAUAGUGGGAGUACAAAGAGAACUAAAUUAAGUGGUACUAGAGCUUAUUCAUCGUCAACUAACAAUGAUACACCAACAGACACCAAUGAUGGUGUGGAAUCUCCAGUUCGUCCCCAAGGUACAAAAGCAGCUAAGAGAAAGGGAAAGAGAAAGGAAAAAAUAAAGGCAGUUGAAGAAUACGAAGAAAUAAAAGUUGUUGCAUGCAGGAAGUUAUCUCUGAUGGAUGAAUUUAAUAAGAACCAACAAAAGGAUUUGGAACUUAAACAACAAGAGUUGGACAUGAAGUUUAUUAUGGCCGACACUAAUGUGAUGAACGAGACUCAACGUAAGAUUCACGCUUCAUUGCUUGAACAAAUUGCUAAAAGGAGAUCUUAG